AUGAUAAAAGGUGUAGGAAUAAUAAAACGUGCCCCAAAACAUGUCGAAAUUGUUGAAAAUGCAUAUAUUUUAAAAUUCACAAUCACCCCAUCACUUGAUGAUAGGAAAAAACAUGUUGAGAUUAUUAAACAACAUGAAUAUUUUCAUGCAGAGAUUAAGAAAAAAGGAUUAAAUAUUACCGUAAGAUACGAAUUUUAUGAGUUAAUUAACGCCAUUUCAUUUGAGAUUAAAGAAGAUGAUUUGGAAAAGAUUGUGGAAAUAGUGGGAGUACAAAGUAUUGAGCCUGUUCAAAAACACCAGAUAUUGCCAACUUCUUCAAAUAUGAAGGUUGAAAUCGAAUCAAAAUAUACCCAAAUGUCAUUUGAUAAACGUGAUUGGAUACCAGAUACACCGUUAAAUCUUUCUAAAGAUGCAAAUUUGAAUUCUAUACAUAAAAUGAUGGGGGUUGAUUUGGUUCAUAACAAAUUAGGAUACUAUGGCAAAGGAAUUAAAGUCGGAAUCGUAGAUACUGGAAUUGAUUAUCUGCAUCCAGCGUUAGGGGGAUGUUUCGGACCAGGGUGUAGAGUUGAAUACGGAUACAAUUAUUUAGAAGAUACGUGGGAUCCACGUGACGUAUGUGUGGGGCACGGAACUCAUAUCGCAGGGAUAAUUGGAGCAAAUGAUUCAAUGCACAGUGGAUUUAUUGGAAUAGCACCUCAAAUUACAUUUGGUGCUUAUCGUACCAUGGACUGUGAAGGGAAGGGCGAAGGAGAUGUGGUAAUGACAGCAUUGCAAAGAGCUAAAGAUGAUGGAAUGAAUAUAAUUAAUUUAUCAAUGGGAGGAACUACUUGGACCACAACGCCACUUUCAAAGAUGAUAGAUGCAUUGACGAGAUCUGGAAUCAUUGUAGUUACAGCUAAUGGAAAUGUUGGAAAUGAAGGGAUUUUUGAAUCAGUAGGAGAAUUACUUGAAAGUGAUGCUAUUUCCGUAGGCUCGAUUGAUAAUACUCAUUAUUUAACUUUUAAAGCUUAUGAUGUUUCAGACAAGAAUUUUAGUAUUGAUUACGUUACUGUAUCUGCGAGAGCAUUUACUUUCUCUUCAGCCAAAGUCGAAAUAUUCCCAGAUUAUGAAUGCCCAACAAAUUUCCAACAGUAUGAAAGCAAAGUAGUUCUAGUUACAUUAGAUACAUGUCCUUUAGAUUGCGUAUGGAUAGGAAAUUUACAAAAAUUUCAAGCAUUAGGGAUAUUAUUAGUAACAGAAAUAACGCUUGGACCAACUUUAGCAAAUUUUAAUAACGCAAAAGUAACGAUACCAACAGCUACAGUAACUCCUAAUAUAGCUCGAUUAAUUAAAGAUAAGAAAAAAGAGAAAAGUAAUUUAGAAAUGGAUUUCUCCGAAAAAACGGGAUAUUAUAUAUCAAAUCCUAUUGGUUAUUCAAUGUCUUAUUUUUCUUCUUGGGGUUUAUCUAAUGAUUUAGAAAUAAAGGAAUUAGUAGCACCAGGAGGGAUAAUAUUUUCAACUUACCCUAUACACCUUGGAAGUUAUGCGCAACUUUUAGGCACAAGCAUGUCAACAGCUUGUGUGGCAGGCGCAUUAGCACUUUACAUCGAAGCCAACAAAUCGUCACGAAACGCACGCGACAUGUUAAAACUUUAUUCGAAGCCAAUAUACGAUACCCAAAAUGACGAAAAAGCAUCAGUUCUCCAGCAAGGCGCAGGAUUAAUUAAUAUAUAUAACUCGAUAAUAAGUACAACGGUAGUGACACCCUUCAAAAAAUCAUCAUUAAAGGGAACGCAAUUAUUCGAUAAUCAAUAUUUAGAUAUUCAAAAUUAUGGAAAGGAAGAAAUUACUUAUAGGCUUAAACAUGUUCCUGCGAUUUCCGUUAAUGGGUAUAAUGGAACUAGGAGUGUACCAACAAAAUAUAUGAAAUUUAACCAUUCUACUGCUAUUGUACAAUUUGAAAAAGAUCAAGUUACCGUUCAGCCAGGGUGUAACGUUAAGGUUUUAUUCACGAUUUCACCACCAAAUGAUUUGGUUAAAGAACAACGGUGGUUUUAUAGCGGAUUUAUUCAAGUGGAACCACAAGAUCAAUCUAGUUCACCAGUUACAAUUCCAUACGCCGGUUUCGCAGGAGAUUUAAGAUCACUUCCGAUAUUAGGACAACCAGAAUUCCCACAAAUACGAAAGUCAAAUACCACAAUAUCUUCGGAUACAACAACACCUACAACAUUCACAAUGAACAAUUCAGAAAACAAACCAAUAAUAUCCAUAAUAAUUUCGACACCGACCAAACUUUUAUUAAUUCAUGCUUUAAAUUCUGAUAAACAAAUCAUCGGAUUAUUACCAGGAGUAAACGAUCUGAUGGCUUUACGAACGAUUUAG